UGUAUAUAUAUAUUUUAAAAGUUUUUAAAUCGCUCAUUUGGCUUCUGAAAUAAGCUAGGAUGGUUAAUCAAAUUGCUAAUCGAAGGCAACUGUAUGAGAGACAUCAUUUUACAGUGAUGUUAACUUUGGAUUAAAGCAUAAAAGUGACUGAAAUAUUAAAACAUCUGUUCAAAUGUCUUGAUUUAAUCUUGUAAAUGCUCCACACAUCUUCCUAGCCGGCUGUUCAAAGCUCUCUCUCUUUCAGCAAGUUUUACCUCCGAUCUGGAUUACAGAGAUAUUUUCUCUCUUAUUUUUGUAAAGCUUGUUAUAAUGUUGGUGUGAUUCGUGAAGCUUCAGUAUUUUUUUACAUGUGUAUUGUUAUUGGCUGAUGUUCUACACGGUACACGCAAGGUUUAAAUCUAAUUUUUCCUGCCACUCUUUCUCUCUUCCGUUUACUCUCACUAUCGCCUCUACACUCCACGUCUGACAUACUCUCCCUGAGAGCUAAGCCUUUCAAUUUAGAUUUCAAUUAUCAUGUUAGUUUUGUGAUUAGACUUUAGUCCUCCAGGAAUCAGUCCUCUCUGCUCCUCUCUAUUCCACUCUAUUCCACUUCCCCUGCAAUCACAUCCCAUCUGAUGAAUUGCGCAUAUAAUUAUGGAAGUUAUUGAAUAUGCAGAUCACUGCUGACUCUUGGUGUGCGGUUGAUAAUGCAUCAACUCUAACUGUAUCAAACAAGGGUCUCUGAUAAAGACCCACUCUGAUAAUGAGAGAGGGCCAAUGUAUGCUAUUAGUCAGAGAUAACAGACACCACAAAGGCUGAGACUCAAUUAAAACAAAGCCACGCUGUAAUCUGUGUACGUGUGUGUACGUGUGUGUGUGUGCUCUCCUAAACAGCACUCAGGCCUGUGUAGACACUUGCCACUGGGCACAGUCAGGUUUGCCAUUACAACCAGCACAAUACAAACUAGACCAACAUGAGGUAUUUCCCCUAUGUUACAGUAUGUUGCUACCAUCGUUUUACACCCCGUCCCAUGAUGCAAUCCCUGGGAGCUUUUUAAGGGAGGGGAGAGAAGCACUUUAGAGGCACACCCACAGGAGAGGGUUGUGGGAAAUUUUGUAACUUUUGACAGCUUUUAGAGAGCUAUACUAAAAACCUGGCUCACUAGCAAAGAGGAAAAAGUCUUUCAUGCAUUUUGCUGUUAGAAUUCUGGAUGGACGUGUUGCUUGCUCCUCAACAGGUCCAAAACCAAUACUCAUUUUUUUUUCCACAUAAUGCUAGUCUUACAGGGUUUCUCAUCUUAAGUUUCACACACAAUUGAGAAUACAGGGAAACGGAAGAAAACGGCUCCUGUAUUUUUAGCCUGAGCUAUAGUGAUGUAGCUGCCAUUUAUAGCUGAUAUGCCAGGCUGAUGCUGGACGGCUGCCCUGCUGACACCAGAGAGGAGGGUUUAUGGACUGCACAAACUCUGCACAACGCGAUCGCAGACUGACAUAAAAUAAGCAGAUCACAUGUAGAUCAAUUUGAUUCCGACGUAUUUAAUUGAUGAAAAUAUUUAUAUAUUUUAAGAUUUGUAGGAUAAAGUGACACAUAGUGGAGGUGAUCUCAAGGUGCAGACUAGUGGCCAUCUAAGAACACACAUGUGUACUUCAAACAAAGACACGAUGCAAAUAUCAAAACACGAAAAACGUAAAUGUGCAGCAAGUGAGGAAACGAUACGCCACUUUUUAACUUCAGAAUCAGAAAUACUGAAGCUCUCCUUGGUGCUUUCAUUCUUGUGCAUGUGUUUUGAUAUUUGCAAUAUUUGUGUUGUCACUCCAUCUGCAUUUCUUUUAAUCUUUUAAUCACUUUUAACCAAGUCAAUAUGAUAUUCUUAUAGUAUAUCCUGCAUGGCAUUUAUUUUGCACACACAUGCAUGUAUGCAUCUACAUUCAUUAAACCUUGAUUUAUAUGCAAGAGAUCAUACAGACAUGAUGCUUACGUGUGUACUUGACAGCAUUAAUUGAGAUACUCCUGGGUCCUUUUUGACCACACCCAACUAGUUGAUUAUUUCAUGCAAAACAUCUUGUGCCUCUUACCACCUCUCUUCUGAUUGGCCAUUACUGUUUGCUGAUAGUCUACUUAAGUCUGUGGAAUUACUUUCGCUGUAAGUACUGCUGACUAUGGUCCUACGACUAAAAUAGUAACCUUUAUUUCACAUCUUUUUGCAUCCGGAGAAGUUGCUUUUUAGUCGGAGCCUUUUCUCCACAGUGAUGAGUUCACCUUGGCUACACACACCUGACUCCACUUCUUGCAGAGUCAUGUCUUCAAAGCAAGCCACGUCUCCUUUUGCCUCUGUGGUCGAUGGGGAUGAUGCCAUGAGUCAGGAGCACUUGUCUUGGGAGAAAGAGGAGAGUGCUGAGGCCCAUGGCACACCACAGCUGCCCCUGCACAGCCUGCUCCAUGGAAAAACCCAUCCUGAUGAAAUGCAGCAGCUCAGCAGCGUGCCGCCAGAGAGCGAUUGGGACACCCUGGUGUCAGCCCAACAGCGCAUGGAAUCUGACAGCAAUAAAGUAUGUUCCCUGUACUCCUUCCGGAACAAUUCCACUUCCCCACACAAGCCGGAGGAGGGGGCCCGGGAGCGAAGCGACCUGCUGAGCGGAUCAGCGUUUGGAACUCCGGAGCGCCGCAAAGGAAGCCUGGCAGACGUAGUGGACACGCUGAAGCAGAAGAAACUGGAGGAGAUGACAAAGACAGAGCAAGACGAUUCCUCAUGCAUGGAGAAACUUCUUUCUAAAGACUGGAAAGAGAAGAUGGAGAGGCUCAACACCAGUGAACUGCUGGCAGAAGUAAAAGGUACUCCAGAAAGCCUGGCAGAAAAGGAACACCAGCUCUCCACAAUGAUCACCCAGCUGAUCAGCCUGCGAGAGCAGCUACUGGCAGCCCACGACGAACAGAAGAAGCUCGCCGCCUCACAGAUGGAGAAACAGAGGCAGCAAAUGGAGCUAGCUCGUCAGCAGCAGGAGCAGAUUGCAAGACAACAGCAGCAGCUUCUGCAGCAGCAGCACAAAAUCAACCUCCUCCAACAACAGAUCCAGCAGGUCCAGGGUCACAUGUCUCCGCUCAUGAUCCCCAUUUUUCCACACGACCAGCGCACUCUGGCAGCAGCAGCUGCCGCCCAGCAAGGAUUUCUCUUCCCUCCGGGAAUGUCUUAUAAGCCAGGUGAUAACUACCCGGUGCAGUUCAUUCCAUCCACAAUGGCAGCUGCAGCAGCGUCAGGAUUCAGCCCCCUUCAGCUUCAGCAACUGUAUGCCGCCCAGCUUGCCAGCAUGCAGGUCUCUCCUGGAGCCAAGAUGCCUCCACUCCCUCAGCCCCUCAAUGCCAGUGGGCCCAUUUCUCCCUCUUCUCUGAAGAAUGACAAGAGUUCCUGCAGCCCCAUCACUUACAUCAAGGAGGAGGGAACACAGCCGCUCAACCUGUCUGCUCGGCCAAAGACGACGGACCUGGUGAAAUCCCCCACAUCCCCGACACAAAACCUGUUCCUCGGCAGUAAAAGCAGCCCCAACAGUCUGCUCAGCAAGGGUGGUAUCCCCGGCCAAUUCGUAGGAGGCCUGGGCCGGGGCUCAUCUCUGGAUAUUCUGUCCAGCCUAAACUCUACCGCGUUGUUCGGGGACCAGGACACAGUGAUGAAGGCCAUCCAGGAGGCUCGGAAAAUGAGAGAGCAGAUCCAGAGGGAACAGCUGCAACAUCACCAGCAGAGCAUGGAGGCAAAGUUGUCCGCCCUCAGUUCAGUGGGCCUCAACAACUGCAGAGUUGACAAGGAGAGGGCGCAUUUUGAGAGCAUCGGGCACCACCUUGGCAAGCUGGGUGAGGAAGGAAAGAUCGGCCACAGAGUUAUUGACCUCACCAGGCCAGAGGAUCUUGAUGGAGGCGCUGGAUCUACUGAGGCACGCGUCUUCAGGGAAGCCAGAGGAAGGAACAACAACGAGCCCCACAUUAAAAGGCCAAUGAAUGCAUUCAUGGUGUGGGCCAAGGAUGAGCGGCGCAAGAUCCUCCAGGCCUUCCCCGACAUGCACAACUCCAACAUAAGCAAGAUUUUGGGUUCCCGGUGGAAGUCCAUGACUAACCAGGACAAGCAGCCAUUCUAUGAGGAGCAGGCCCGUCUGAGUAAGCAACACCUAGAGAAGUACCCAAACUACAAGUACAAGCCGCGGCCUAAGAGGACCUGCAUUAUCGACGGGAAAAAACUCCGCAUUGGAGAGUACAAGCAGAUGAUGCGCUCACGGCGACAAGAGAUGCGGCAGUUCUUUACUGUGGGACAGCCACCACAGAUUCCUAUCACCACCAGCGCCAGUAUGGUCUAUCCCGGGGCCAUCACAAUGGCAACGACCACACCCUCACCUCAGUUGACAUCAGAGUGCUCGAGUGCCUCAGCGAGUCCCGAGCCAUCCAUUCCCGUCAUUCAGAGCACCUACAACAUGAAGCUAGAGCCCAGUACCUUGGUAAACAACAGUGUGCCGGUCAAUGGAGAGGAUGAGAUGGACAUGUAUGAGGAUUUUGAGGAUGAGCCCAAAUCAGACUAUAGUAGUGACACACAAGAGCCAGUCAGCACCAACUGAGAUCUCUUUCACAGAAGAGGCCAGUGCCGAUGCAGACACAACACUCAUACAGGAGGAUGACCAGAGGGCUGGUCUGAUCUGAGGGAGUGAAAGAGCAAAAUAAAACAAAACUACACCACAAAGGUUUAAAAAUGUAAAAUAAGUAACGGUGUAUCAUUCAGGAGCCAGCAUGCAGAUGUGGCUUCAUCAGAAUCAAAAGCUAUUUGGUCUUAAGUGUUUCUUCAAGUGUGUGAAGCAGUUUGGUUGUGGUUAUUUAGAUUUUCUUUCUUUCUUUUUUUUAUCUCAUUGUUUAUUUUUUCAUUGAGAUCAUGGACAUUUACAUAAUUGGGUCAUAGAACAAAAGACAUAACUUGAAAUUGAACAUUUGACAUGGAUCUAUAAUUCUUCCAGACAUUUGCCUUGUUUUCUUCUUCAAUUAGAUGAUUUUGAUUUACAUUGCAUAACUGUUCAAGAUGGGGAUAAUAUUCUCACUCAGGUAUAGUGUGCCAGCCAACAGCUUGUGAAUGUUCGUAAUCAAUAAUGAAUUAUUAGUAUUAUCAGUACAAAAUAUCUCAAAAUUCAUAGAGAGUGAUUCCAACUUAUUACAGAGGGGAAAUUACACAUUAUUAUUAUUAUUAUUAUUAUUAUUAUUAGUGUUUUGUUGUUAUUUUAUUACACAAACUGCAUAAUUUAGUGCAGAAGUGCCAAACAUUUCAAGUUGUUUCUAAAAUCUGUAAAAUCUUUUGGGAGAGGCUUCAUGAGUCUUUGACAAUCUCUUGAUCCCUUAAUACAGCUUCAUUAUCCAGACUUUCUUUAAUUUACCCUAACAGAAUAAACAAAUGAAACUCAGGAACUUGGAGGCAGCAGGCUCUGCAGGAGGUUACAGUAUACGCCAUGUUUGGGUGGUAGCUUGUGAUGCUAGCUGUUCUCCAGGGAGCCCAAUGCAGUGAUCAUCAAUGAAAGCGGCCAGCCCUUUCAUUUCCUCAUCCCAGUCCACACAGAGCACCGUGGCAUCCUUAACUCAUUUCCAGCACUGCAACCCAGUCUGAAUCACCAAAUUCUUAAUCAGAGUGAUUGUAAUCAGGCCAGAAUGUGAAAGGGCCAAAGGCCUCCAAUCUGUAGGAUUGGAACAGCAGCGAAAGGCAGCUUUGGGGGCAUUACAAUCCCAAAUUGAUGUUGUACAAUGUUUAGCUACAGUACGUUCUGUUAAAAGCUUUAGCCCCAUUUGGACGACAAGUUUAAAGUCUUACGUCUUAGAACUUCAUUUUUUUCCAAUCUUAAUUCUUUUCAGACAUUGUAAAUCUUAAAUUGACACUAAGAAGUCUUAAAGCGGAGCACGGUCAUCGGGUUGAUGCAAUGAGUUGAUUACUGCCGUAGUCUUAAGAGGAGUGACAGUUUAUGAGGAUAUUUAUAAACUGAGACAGAGGCUAAAAUCAUAUGUUUGUUUCUUAAAUUUCCUCGUCAUAGACUCAUGACAGGGGUAACUUAAAACACUGAUUUUUGCAUUAGUGCACUUAUACAAAUCUUAUUCUGUCACCCUUGCGCCUUAUGUUAUUUUAAAAUAAUUGUAUCAACUUUUGGAAAGCACUUAACACUUGCAUGUAUAACAGGAAAACAUGCAACGACACAACCAAGGGGUAAAAAGUCUCUGUCCUUAUUUCAGCUAAAACAAGCUGACAAGUGGUGACCUUCUGGAGACUGUAGCUAGAUAAAGCAAGGCCUUGAUGUUGAGACUCAGAUCCUCUUUGCAGGGCAGAAGGUCUAAGUGGCUUCCCUCCCUGCCAUGCCUUGCUCUGACCCCUGCCCGUGGCAUCCUCAGCACCCAGGGGGUGCCAUCUGGCUCAGAGAAGGAGAAAACACUAGGGAGGGAUGGGAAACAAUAAAAAUGGGGUUUGUGUCCCUCAUUGUGCUCUCCAUCAAAGUGCUGGUAGUAAGGCCUCAACAGGGCUCCCACCCUGGCCCAGUCACCAGGCACUGGCGAGCAGAUGGAACAAGUACAUCAAGCUGUGGGGGAUUAUUAAAAUGACUGACGACUGGGUAUCAUCUGUAAUACAACAUUAUUAAUGCAUGACUCUUGCUAUUCCCUUCCCUUGCCCUUGAACCUGUCCAUUUCAGAAAGAGCUCAGAGCUUUUUGAAGGAUCUGAAUGGUUGGUCACUGGCUUCAACUGGUCAAGAUCCCCACUGCUGGUCACUGCAUUUUUCUCCUAGCUCUAAUUGGUACAGAUGGCUCUAUAUAUCUCUUACGCACUCAUAUCUUCUGUACUCUUAUUGUCAAUAUCAGUGCUUGCUUGCGUUGUUUCUACUUUUUGGAAGCAUUUAUAUUCUUAUAGUCUUGUAGGUUUUUUUAACCAGGCCAUUCAUAAUUCCUGUUUUAUUUUCUUCUCCAUCACAUCUUUUCUACAUUAUUCUCAUUUUGAGGUACUACACAUUUUAAGGAUGCUCUCCUACAAACAAACCCAAGUGGAUUUCCCUCCAAGUCAAACUGUUUGGUGUUUUCAAGCUGUUUGCUCCUGUUUGCUGGUGGCUAGAUUGGUUUGUAUGUGAUUGUAAAUAUUUUCAUGACCAUGCCACACAUGCUUUAGUUGGCUGGUAGUUACCGAGGACUCUUCAUGGAACUGAAACUUGACUGUGCUUGUAUAGCAAAAAAAAAAAAAAAGAGAAAAAAAUGACAAGAACUCACAAGGAGACGAUGUUUCUUAAGUGUUAUAAGCACUGGAUAUAAAUUGUAUUUUUUAUCAAUUCUGAUUAAUGUGAAGCUGUUCAAGGAAAAAAAAACACCAUGAAUGAACAAAAAUCUCCAAGUGGGUUUGCUCUCACAGUUGCCAGAUUUGAGUCAUUUUUUUUGUCUACUUAUUUUGUUUAUUUAUGCAAGACUCAUGUGAUGAAUGAACACUUUGUUUAAGCUUCAGGGCUGCCUAUAGGGGAGAGACUCAGCACAAGAAAGUGAGCAGAAAAUUCAACAGCAGGCUCGGUUAGCCGUCAAACACCAGACUUCAGUGCAUUGUAUAUUGUAUUUGAAAUUGUAGAGUAUCAACAUAUUGUAUUUAUUAUUAGCCACUGCUGGCUCUAAAAUUGUCAGUAAAACAACAACACAGACAAUCAGAGAAAUAGAAAAAAAACAUGUUUGAUGAAUUUGAGCUAAAAAUGGUUUUCAGUGAAUUCACCAUCUCAUUUAGAUUUUAUUGUAAAUAUAACAUAGGAAAUAUAUUUUUGUUCAUUAGUGAAGUAUAAGUUAUGUAUUUUGACUGUUUUAUGUUUUAUUUUUGUACGUGGUUUCAUGUUUUUAAAACCUGACAAGUCACCGUACCUCAUGUAGAUGCUGAUUUUUUUUUUUCUGCCUAUUGGAAGAGAGCAGUAUUGGACCUGAGAAAGAGUGAAGCGCCUCACUUGCCAAUGUUAUCUUCCCUGGACUAUUCAAAGAACCAAUUUAAAUCUACUCAUUAGACUUGUUUAAAAGUAAUGUAAAAGGAUUAUAGAAUAAUUUGUUUCCAAUUAUGAUACAAUCUAUGUGGUAUGCUGUAUGUCCUUACUUGUGUUUUUUGGUUAUAACGGCACUCACAGUUUGUGGCAAUUAUUUUUAGGAGGAGCUGAUACCAUCCAAAAAAUCUGCAUGCAUCUGGCUGGCAUUUACAUAACUAUAAUAAACAAGUGUUUUUCAUGAAUGAUUGUUUCAAUCACAAGUAAUGUUUUUUAGAUUUUUAAAAAGGUGGGAGCGUGCAAAUAUUUAUUUGUUUUAAUGUGGCAAAAUGCACCAACACGGUGCAUGCUUCAUACUUAAUUCUCUCCUUGUCAUUUUUUUUUUUGUUGCUGAUUUUUAAUGAACAUGUUCACGACUAUCCAGCCAUCUGCAAAUGUAGCCCUCAUUUGUUUUCUCUCAAUCCACUUGCAAUGGUUUGAACAAACAACUGAAGACAAAAGCUUGUAUGCUGUUCCAACAUUACUUACUGUAAUUCAAUUUAUUUUUUCUGUCUGAACUUUGUGAUGUAUAUGGUGGGAAUGUUCUCUGUGUUAAUUUAAUCAGCACAAUUCACUGACAUGCUGGACUGACGUGCUAGCUGCUGUUCAGAAGUGUAAACUUUGUUCUUCAGGGCAACAUUUAUAGUUGUCUUUGGUACUUUGCUUUUUAGAGUUGUCUCUCAAGCAACACUGUGUGUGGCUCUUCUAUCACUAGAGCCGUUGUUUUGAAAUUGCUGGCAGCCUGAUACAAUUUUCUGCGUAGAUUUUUUUUUUUUCCCUGGCAGGUACCUAGGCCCAUGGCGAGUAUUGUUUGGGUGUAGAGAAAAUGAAAUACAUAGUGUCUCUUGCUGCUUUAAAAAAAAAGUAUAUGUCUGAAUAUGUAAAUAGUUUAUCAUAAUAUCUUGUACAGUCCAAUGUAAAGUUUUUAAUUCAACUUAAAAAAAAAUGUUUGCCAUCACAUUUGUGUUCACGUUCUUCUUUAUACAGUACAAAAGAUUGAUUAUUUGCUAGGGGUAUUAUUGCUAAAAAGAAAAAAAAACUAAAAUGUUAUGAAUUUUUUUUAAAAUGUUUGUUUUGUUUUGCUUGGCUUCAAAGUGUACACCAGCAAGUCUUUGGUUUCCAUGUGCAGUAUUGACGUGAGGUGAACUUAAGGUGAAUAAUUUUACAGUGGUGUGUGUGGAGAGCUGUCUUCUCCGCUUUGGUAGUAUUAAUACACUAUAUCAAGUAAAAACAAACCAAUGAGACACAUUUGGGUGUAUCUAGGCACCAUAGAAAUGUGUAUACUGUAUAUGAUUAAAUUAUCCCCACAGGAUCAAUUCAGGCAUUAUAAUGUAACACCAUUUUCUGUAUGUCUCAGUCCAUUGUAAUAAUGCAACAGUGGGAUGACUAACUGCCUGUUUGAACUCAUUUACCUCAAGAAUUCCCUCCUUUUCUGUAAAAGAAACAGAAACUGUGUUACAGAAAACUUCUUCCAUCACUCCAUCUUUUGUACUGCUGUUGACACUUACAAAUUAAAGAGACAUUUUGUUUUAA